GUACUUGCGCACGCUCAAAUCAUAUGUUCGUAAUAAGGCUCAUCCAGAAGGAUCUAUAGCAAAAGGAAUAAUUGCACAAGAAUGUGUAACUUUUUGUUCCAAAUACCUGCAUGAUGUUGAAACACGAUUGAAUCGCGUCGGAAGAAACUAUGAGGGUGAUCUAACACAAAAAAGCUCCAGUUUAGCAAUUUUUUCCCAAUGUGGUCUCCCUUUAGGUAAUUCCAAAACUGAGCAAUUAGCUAUCUCGGAUUGGAACCGGGCAGCUAUGUGUGUUCUCCAAAAUUGUGAAGAAGUUUCACCUUAUGUUAGGGAACAUAUUAAAGAGAUUGAAAGCAAGUACGAUAGUGAUGUGGAGCUGCAGCACGAAGAACAAUUUCUUGGUUGGUUUCAAGAUAAAAUAGCAGAGAUAUUUCACACAAAGAAGCAUGAAAAAUAUUUGAAAACACAAAAUAGUGGGGUGUUUGUUCGGGGAGAUGAUGACCUAAGCAACAAGGAAUAUUAUGGGUUAGUUUUAGAUAUCAUUGAACUCCAAUACCAAGGAUCAAAGAAAAUAGCUUUAUUUAAAAGUCAUUGGUGGGAUGUCUACAAUUGUGGCCGGGGAUAUAAGGAGGAUGAAAAUGGGUUUUUCUUAGUUAAUGUCGAUCGUGAAUUGGCCACUAAUACAACUGAUCCAUAUAUCUUGGCAUCACAAGCUCAACGAGUAUAUUAUGCCAAAGACAUAAGAGAUCCUAAAUGGUUAGUUGUUGUCAAGACACAACCUCGAGACCUUUAUGAUGUGCCUACAAUAGAAAGAAGUGCAAAUGAUCAAGAAGAGUCAACAUCAACACCAAUUCAAGAAAAUGAGAACAUAGGUGAUUUCUAUAGAAUUGAUGGUGAUAAAGAUCACGAUGAUUUAUGUACUGUUGAGUUGGCUAGAGCUAAUGUAGAAGAGAUUGUAUUUGAUCUAAGUGAGCUCAAUAUCAAUGUAGAAACAAACGAAGAGGACCUCUUAAACUGUAAUGAUGAUGACAAUGAUUCCUUUGAGAAUAAAACCUGA